AUGAGCGACGUGCAGAAGAAGCUGCAGGCCCUGUCCGACGCCUACCAGGCCCUGCAGGGCGAGCUUUCCGGCGCGGUGGAGGCGCGCCAGAAGCUUGAGUCGCAGCAGCAGGAAAACACCACCGUCAAGAAGGAAUUCGACCUCCUUGCCGACGAUGCGAACAUCUACAAGCAGAUCGGCCCCGUGCUGCUGAAGCAGGACAAGACCGAGGCCGUCAUGUCCGUCAGCGCGCGCCUCGACUUUAUCAACAAGGAGAUCGCGCGGAUAGAGAAGCAGAUCAAAGAUGUCCAGGACAAGAGCGAGAAGGUCAAGAUGGAUAUCAUCCAGAUACAGUCCGCGGCACAGCAGGCGCAGGAGGCGGCCGCGUAG